AUGCGGCUGGCAAGCUGUAUUCGGAUAGGUUUUGGUGUCGUUUCUGCCACAUUGGGCCCGUCGAUCAAUCCUACUUGCCAUUCCGGUUCUAUCGCUAAGGAAGGCAGGGCCGGUGGAGACAGCCGCAAGAGGAAUCUCGAUGGGCAACAUCGAGGCAACUCACAAGUUGCAGACGACAUCACCAUGGAAGACGACCUCUCAACCCCCUUGAACCACAGCUCUCCUUCUGAUCAGACUCCAUUGAGUUCGGAUGCUGGUUCGUCGCUUCCUUCAUCGACUGACUCUUCCUCAAGUUCUUCCAGCGAUCCGUUGUCACCGUCCACAUCCCACGCAGACGCCGACAACAACCCUGGCUCUUCAGGAUCGUCCUAUACCAAUCCUCUAUCUCUCGCAGCUGGAAUCUCGAGCAGCCCUAUUGCGUCAACUACCACCACAACACCGUCGAACUCCACAGCUCUGCCUACAGUCACCUUGGGAUACCCACCCAUCCCGACCGCGUCCAAUCUAGACCAGGGAGGGCUUAAUUCGACUCUGUCCAAUACAUCUCCUACACAAAACCCACCGUCAUCCGGAACGUCGUCCUCACGAACUAAGUCGAUAGCUGUCGGAGUCACCGUACCUAUGAUCACCAUCGCUAUCGGUUUGAUAGCGUUUUGGGUACUGGUCAAAAGACGACGGCGCGGCAGGGAGAGGGAUGCGGAGAAAGCAGAUGAUAGGAACGUCGAUGGGAACGAAACGCCGGGUGCGGAGACGCAAGCGAACACAGAAACGAAGGAGGCGGAAUUAAUCUUUGGAUCGCUCGAACAGGACAUCAAGCCGACGGAUAGAGUGCGUGAAGUCCAGGACAGGGGCGGGUCGGAUGAAGGUUCGCAUGCGUCUAGAUCGACUGUACGAUUCCGGGUCGACGAGGCGAAAGCGGCAAAUUUGCCAAACGAGCAGGUCCCGGUCUCGCCGUCAAUCGCGCAAGUUCCCCUACCGCAGGGCGGCGGAGGAAAUGACAUGCUUGCAACCGGCACUCCGAACAUCACCAGGGUCAGAUCGAAGCGCAAACCCGUACCCAAGCUGGUCGAGACUACAGCCGAGGCACACGAAACGCAUCCGGAUGUAAAGCGCUAA